CGCCUCACUCCUCCCCACCAGCUUACAGUGAAAGAUGGCAGCGGUGGAGGCGGAGAGCGUUGAGACGGCAGCGGAACACGAGCGGAUCUUGCGCGAGAUCGAGAGCACGGACACGGCGUGCAUCGGCCCCACGCUCAGGUCGGUGUACGAUGGCGCGGAGCACCAGCGCUUCCUGGAGAAGCUCGAGGCUCGGAUCAAGAGCCAUGACCGCGAGAUCGAGAAGAUGUGCAACUUCCACUACCAGGGCUUCGUCGACUCCAUCACGGAAUUGCUCAAAGUGCGCAGCGAGGCCGGGAAGGUGAAGUGUCAAGUCGUUGCCACCAAUAAGCAACUGCAGGAAACUGGAAAGGAGCUCGUGACAGAGAUGGAGGAGCUGACGCGGUGUCGAGUCCAGCAGCGGAACAUCGCCACCACGGUCGACAAACUCAACCUCUGCCUGCCCGUAUUGGAAAUGUACAGCAAGCUUAAAGAGCAAAUGAAAGCAAAAAGGUACUACCCGGCGCUGAAGAUGCUGGACGUGCUGGAGCAGGAGUACCUGCCACUCGUGUCCCAGUACCGCUUCUCGCGCCUCAUGCUCGACACGCUGCCCCGACUGCGCCAGGAGAUUCGCGACGUCUCCAUGUCCGACCUCAACGACUUCCUGGAGAGCAUCCGCAAGCACUCGGACAAGAUCGGCCAGAUGGCCAUGAAGCAGGCUCAGAGCCAGCGGAGCCUGGACAGCGCCGUGCACCAGCGGCAGAAGAGCGCGGAAGCCCAGAGAGGUCGCGGCAGGGAGGCCGCCGGGCCCGGCUCGGACGCCGAGCCGGCCGGGAACAGUCCCGCGUCCGAGCAGGACUCGGGCAUCCUGGACGAGGACGAGGAGGAGGAGGAAGAGGAGCUCGAGGAAGAGGUGCUGAAUGCGCAGGACCUUGUUGACUUCUCGCCAGUCUAUCGCUGCUUGCACAUCUACACCGUGCUGGGUGCGCGUGACACGUUUGAAAACUAUUACCGGAAUCAAAGGAGGCAGCAGGCCAGAUUGGUGUUACAAGCACAGUCCAACAUGCACGAAACCCUAGAAGGCUACAAGAAAUAUUUCAACCAGAUUGUCGGGUUUUUUGUGGUUGAAGACCACAUUUUGCACACGACGCAAGGGCUGGUAAACCGGGCGUACAUGGAUGAGCUCUGGGACAUGGCCCUCUCCAGGAUCAUCGCAGUCUUGCGCACGCACUCUUCCUACUGCACAAACCCUAACCUGGUUCUUGACUUGAAGCAUCUCAUUGUUCUGUUUGCAGACACUGUGCAGGGUUAUGGUUUUUCCAUGAACCAACUGUUUGACCUGCUGUUGGAGAUCAGGGACCAGUACUGUGAGAUUCUGCUGAAGAAGUGGGCUGCCGAAUUCCGGGCAAUAUUUGAGAGAGAUAACUUUAGCCCAAUUCCAGUGAACAAUGACGAGGAAUAUCGGAAGAUAGUUAGCCAGUUCCCCCUGAUGGAUGCAGAAUUGGAGAAGCAAACCUUCCCAAAGAAAAUCCCGUUUUCGCAGUUCGUGCCCAGCAUUUACACGCAGGUGAAGGAAUUCAUCUACGCCUGCCUUAAGUUCUCCGAAGAUCUCCAUCUCAGCUCCACUGAGAUCGAUGAUAUGAUCCGGAAAUCGGCAAACCUUCUGCUAAGCAGAGUCCUCAGCAGUUCUCUGCAAAACCUCAUCCGGAAACCCAACAUUGGUCUGACCGAGCUCGUGCAGAUCAUCAUCAACACGACCCACCUGGAACAGUCCUGCAAAUACCUGGAGGAUUUCAUCACCAACAUCACCAACGUCUCCCCAGAGACCGUGCACACCACCAAGCUCUACGGCACCUCCACCUUCAAGGACGCCCGGCACACGGCGGAGGAGGAGAUCUACACGAAGCUGCACCAGAAAAUCGACGAGUUCCUGCAGCUCGCCGACUACGACUGGAUGCUGCCUGAGCCCAACGGGCACGCCAGCGACUACCUCAUGGACCUCAUCAACUUCCUGAGGAGCACCUUCGCCGUCUUCACGCACCUGCCUGGCAAGGUGGCUCAGACCGCCUGCAUGUCCGCGAGCAAGCACCUGGCAUCGAGGCUCCUGCAGCAAAUCCUGGACGUGGAGGUGAAGCAAGUGACCAUGGGGGCGAUCCAGCAGUUCAACCUCGACCUGGUCCAGUGCGAACUGUUUGCCAGCUCCGAGCCAGUGCCAGGCCUGCAGGGAGACACCCUCCAGCUGGCGUUCAUCGACCUGAGACAACUGCUGGACUUGUUCAUGGUCUGGGACUGGUCCACGUACCUGGCUGACUACGGGCAUCCCAACAACAAGUACCUGCGUGUCAACCCAAACACGGCUCUCAUCCUCCUCGAAAAGAUGAAAGACCACACCCGCAAGAGCAACAUCUUUGCACAGUUCCGGAAGAACGAGCGGGAUAAGCAGAAGCUGAUCGAGACAGUGGCGAAACAGCUCCGAAGCUUGGCCAAUGGGACCGCCCACCACAGCUAGUGCGCGCAUGCUGCCGUGCGCGAUCGUGCCCGACUCAAACCAACCGACCCGACCCGACCCCCACCGGCUGGACUGGAGCUCUGCGAAUCCUUACGGAAAGACUGCAACCUCCAGAGAACUCGACGCUUCCCCCGAAGGAUUUUUGUUUGUGUUUUCUUUUUUAUAUAAUGCCUGUGGUGCCGCCCCCGGGUCAGACACCGGGAGAGAUGACUCGCGUCGCUCCGCUUUUGCCUCUUAAUCGACGGGGAGCGACGCGGAGACUUCCCCGCGGCCCUAAAACCGAGACACGGCCCUCUGCCGCCGCCGACAUUCACAGCGAGCGGCUUUGGGAUCGCCCUAAAUCCUCCGGCGAGCGGAGAGCGAGCGCCACAACUCCCCCUCUACCCCACGCCUCAAGUGCGUAAUUCCCCACACGGUCAUGCGGCCAAAUCUCACGCGAGCAACUCUCACGCCUGCUGGAGAGAGUUAACCUUUUGCCGAGUGCCUGCGCAAGUAACCGUCUAUCCGUCCGUCUUCUCCUCCCCUGUCAUGGUGGGGUGGGGUGGGGGAGAGAUUUUUUAAUUUUUACGGCAUGACUCUCUAUCGGUUUUUUUUUCAAGAAAUCAUGUUGCCAAGCAGGUUGCUGCUGCUGCUGCUACUGAUGCCACCACCGCCACCACUGUGAAGCGGAAGAGACGUCACUUCUGAGCUUCGGGACUCUGUCCUGCUGCGACACGGCUGUGAGCAGCAGGGGUCCUUGGUCGUUUUCAGCUCCCGAGUCGGGAAUCACGGACGCUUACUCAUUCGUGGAGCGGGGGGGUGGGGGGGAUUGGGCGGCGAGCGGGCGGGCGUUUUUUGUUCCUGUUGCUGUCGCCGCUUGGAAAUGUUUGCCUAAUCGAAAGAAAAAAAUGCAAAGUACACCAAUGAAAUCAGAUGAUGCGGCUGCAAAGUUCAUAGAAUGCGGCCCCAAGGCUUGACAAUUCGCAAGAGCAGAGUGGAAAAAAAAGUACGCUUUGACUAUUGAGGGUGAGUACCAGGUGAAAGAAAACAUACCUGGCUUGAAAUUGACAAAUUCCAGACCCAAUAUUUACUACAACAUAAUGACCACUCCAUUGUAUAAACUUCAAAAGAUAAGCACACUCCUCCGG